AUUGCUCUAAACUAUACAAGAAAGAAUCAUAUCUUGAUCUCAAAUAGAAAGAGGAGAUAGGGGUGUGGUGUCCAUACAGUGUAAUGGAAUGGGAAGUGGACGUUUACCAGGUUUACACAGUGCAUCGCUGUCUAUAUAGCAUGUGAUGUCAAUGCCUUCUUGUGUGUUGUUUUGUGGAUUUCUCUCUCUUUACCUUCUAUGCCUAUAACCAUUUAUUUCCAAUUCCAACUUGCAAUUUUGAUUUUCACAUAAAAAGACCAAUGAAGACAAAACUAUUCUAGGAUUUGAGUUCGAUUCCCCUUGGUUUUCUCCACCACCACCUAUCCACUAUUCUUUCAAUUUUACCAAAACUAAACUAGAUGAGUGACACAUUGCCACAUACACUUCUUAUAAUAAUAAAUAAUAGGAUAUGGUCAUGUGAGAGUUUGAUAUACACAAGUUAGUUAAUUUAUAUAGUUAACUCUUUUUUACCGUAACUCUUUCAUUUCAUCAUAAAUUGGAGAGUCCUAUCCCAGUUACUCCAAAACAAGAUCAUAUGGAUACAUUAGCUUCAGAAUGCAGCAGUGGGUGUGAGUCUGGAUGGACUCUAUACCUUGACCGUUCUCUCAAUACCUCACAAUCACAUACACCUUCACUUGGUUGUUAUGAAGAAACUAAACACAAAAAGGCUCAAAAUAUUGAGGACUCUGAUGAAGAGGACUUGUCCAUGGUUUCUGAUGCUUCUUCUGGUCCUCCACACCAUGACUCUUACUUCAAUGCACAAGACUGUUCUGCAUCUAAGCCAACAAAACUUGUUGCCAAGAGAAGUAAAAAGAGACAGAAAGUUCAAGAAAAUAAUAAUAUUCAGCAGCACCUUGAUGACACUGCUAGCUCUCCUCUCUUUGACAACAACAAUGUUGUUACUAUGAGCAACCAACAAACAACUUCAACGACAGAGAGUAUGCUAGAUUAUUCACAAGGCUUCUCUGCUACGUACUUUGAGGAGAGAUCCUCAUUGCAAGAUCACUUUGGUUUUCUACAACCAUCUCUAUCACAAAAUGAAGCUCAUAUCAACAAAAAAUGGUAUGGAGGGGAAGAGAUGGGAAUGAUAUAAACAACAUGCAAUUGAGUUCCACUCCAAUGGCUCCUCUGCUGUUAAACUUAUUGCUGUGGAAGUUACUAAAUUAUGAAGAUCAAUGGAAAGAAGAGAAGACAUUUUUGAUCUCAAAAGGGAUUAUUAUGCUCCCUUUUUUUUGUGUUUUUGUCUUCUCAAAAGGAAAAUUUAGAAAUAAUUUUUUUUGUUUUGUUUCUUUCAUAGUUUAAUUAAUCCUGUUGUGGAUGAAUUGAAUAAUGAACACAGGACAGGAUAGUAAGUUAGGCAGGUUCUGUAUAAACAUGUUCAAUCCUUGUUUUUUUUUAUUAAAUGCAUACAAGUUUUCCACAUUAAGAGCAGCUACAGAUAGAUGCAAAUGCCUAGCUAGGUUGUGAAUGUAGAGCAGAUCUUGAUCUUGUGCUGUCUUUGUAAUGUAUUCAAAAUUCAUGCAGAUGCUUUCAGUUUCAGUGCAUUGGAAAUGUAAAAUCUCGGGGUUGACAAUCA